GGCCAGCAGGAGAGGGCUCAGCUGGGGGCUGUCGUCCGAUGGUAAGGGGAUAACCACAUCAUCCUGGUCCCACACAUGGAAAGCAUUUGAACGGGAGAGUGAAAGAGCUGUGGGCCAUGUCUCAGCAGCUUUUGGGAAGUUCAGGGUCCAUAACGUUACAUUCAACACCCAAAACCGGUCAUCACCAUGCGUCAGCAAAGGUGUCAGAUGAGGGGCGUACCUCAACAGGUGAAACAUUAUCAUUUGUAAAGCUGGAUGAGAGCAUCGAACAGCAGAGUGAGGACUCCGGUAUCUGCGUUUCAAAAUCCCCAACUAGAAGUUCACCGGACCAAAGCACUGUUGAACAUGAUAGCGUACUGUCUCUCACAAAUUCAAGAAUAGAGGACAUUGGAAAGAGAGCACAGGAUCUUAUCGAGAGGAUCAAUGAACGCCGGGCCAUGGACCAACCUGUGAUGAACAGCUUUGAGGAGCAACUCACGAAAAAGGUGAGUGAGAUGUGUCAGCAGGUGAGGGAGCAGAUGUUUGACUAUUAUGAGCAGCGUGGUCAGGGGAUUCAGGCCAUCAUCAGUGAGCUGUCCGAGGUGCUGGAGAAAAGCAGUCAGUUUAGCAUGGAGCUACAGGAAGCCAGUCAAACUCUGAAAGCUGUUAACAAAACCCUGCAGCACGUCACAGAGCAGUAGAGU